UGUUUUCUUUGUUGCAGUGUUUGCUGCCUGUUACUUUCCUUUUGAAGUUCAAGGAACAUAUCUCGUCCAGACCCAAGCUUCAGCAGCAUAUGGAGGCAGUAUCGUUACGUACUCAGAACUAACAAUUGAAGUUGACGCAAUCCCUCCAUGGGGGCGUUGCCAUCUAAAGAGAGGAAACAACGUCAUUGUAAAGGACAGUGCUGGAGCUGAAGACUGUUUAAGGUGUUUUCAUCUGACACUCAAGACACCGAAUGUCAUUCAGAUCCACACUGAAGGCCUUGGACGAUGUUACACUAAUGAAGAGGCAGCACGCGCCACCUGUCCAGAUGACAAAGCUGUGUUUGAAAGGCGGUUCAAAGAAAUAAUUUUGUACAGGAAACAAGAUCCUGAGAUGGUGUCCACGAUUCAGAAUAUUUUUUGUCCCAUCAACGGUAGAUAUCAUUUCACCUACACAGCGAACAAUAAAGAGUUCCAAUGUACUCAUCCUUUCUCGGAGGUUAGCAACUGUCCCCAUGGUAACGGUCUGGGCGUCCAAUUUCGACAAUGCAACUUCCCAGACAUGAGCGUCCAGUUUUUGUGUUUAGGGGACUGGGAGGGACCAAACAAAGAUCGCUAUCUUGCUCUCAUGGACCUACGGCCAGAACCUGAGGGGAGACCCAAGUAUCGUUGUGGGCAUCCUAAAACUCCAAGUGUUAAAUGUUAUGUUUUCUGCUACAGCGGAGAGUCUUUCUACAACUGUGUUUGGCUCCAACGACGAAGUCACAACAUCGUGGAGAUGAUGUUAGGAUCCACUCCUAGUUCCCAGUUUUCGGAAGAUCUGUGCAGGGAUGAACAGUUUCAGACCAAAGAAUGGAUCACACAAGGAAAAGUUGUCGUGAAAGAGGCCACGUCUUGUCCCAUCACCGGAGACUAUACGGGCGUGGUUCCCGACACCACGGGACUGUGUGCCAAGGUAGCUUCUGACUGUAACAAUCCAGACGUUAUGUUCUACUCCGUCAGUAGCUGCUCCAACAAAUCGCACGUUUAUGAAGAACGAGUGUACCGGUGCAUUGGAAACUGGGAAGAAAGUGGCGCCCUCUUUACUUACACAAGAAAUAAAGUUGGGAAAGUAGUAAAGAACGGAGACGAGGCCUACAUCAAAGAAGCUGGAGAAAGUUGCGCACGGGGAAAAGAUCUCUUUACUCUGGGCAUGAAGAUAAUAAAACAAGUAUCUUGUCCACAAGUCCCAGUAACAUUUAUACCUGUCAGGACACAGUGGAGACCAGCGCUGACCCCACCCUCACAAGACAUAGCGCCCUCUAGUGGUGAUAACGGUCAGCCUACUACUCCACCGAGGAAGUCCGAAGCGGGACAACCAAACCAAGGCCAUUCUGUUAAUUCCUGUAAGAAAGUUAUACCAAGUCUUCUGCGGAUGCUGUGGCUUCUUCUGAUAGUUAAGUGUGUUAAAAUAGCAUGAUUAUUUCUGCCUAGUGAUAGAAAUCAUAAACAGGGUUAUCGAAACACGAUCCAAUUUUUACUCUUUCUUCUACGACAGGAAGCUACGAGCUAGUCCUACUCACGAUAUUUACCAAAAUUGUGAUCCGUCUUCUGAGCCUUCAAACAAUUAAAAAAAAAACAAGAAAAACUUGAAAUAUUUGAAAACGGCAAGUUUGGAUGAUAAAUCUCUAACACUGACAGUGAGGUGUAAAGAAACAAUGUGUAUGAUAUGUGUCCAAAAAUGGCGUGUUUAUACUUAAUGAAAAGCAACAAGAUGUAUUUCUUGAGAACUGAAGAUUGAAGAGCGAGACAGGAAUGGCAAAAAAAAUAACCAUCUAAGAAAAGUUGUUUUUUUUAUUUUUGUCGAAUGUUCUUCAAUUGUUUAUUGCAUUUUUGGUUCUUUUCGAACAUAAAAUUCGUCAUAAAAGAAGUUG